UGGCGGGUCGCGAUUUUAUUCAACUUUAUGCUAAUACCAUUGGUAUGUAGCAGAUUUGAAUUCUGCGGGAAAAGUCAAGGCAUCCUGACAGCGUCCAAAGCUGCUGCUUUAGCCAGCAAGUAUAUCCAAAAGUGCGGCAAGAGCAUGCUCUUGAACUACUCCUGGACGAUGCCGAAAAUGGUAAAGAUCGCCGAAAAGAGUUGCUUGGGAAUAAACUUGUGCUACUCUCACCAUGAAGCAAAAAAGCGAAAGAGUACCUUGGACUUCAGAAGAGCUGUGCGGGAUUGUUUAGUAAAGGGCACGGUGACACUCUAUACAGUAAAGCCAGAAAUAUUUUCUUUCGAGAAGGAGGAGUUCAUGCAACUAAUUCAGCAUAUGAAUAUGUGUCUUCGGGGCGACAUGCUUCCCCUGGAUGCUUCUGUAGCAAACGGAGCAAUCCGCCAUUUUCUGAAAGCUGUCAAUCUGGUUCCUCCGAGUCAAUAAAUCUGGUGGUGCUUUCCUCAA